AUGCAAAAACCCUGUAAAGAAAAUGAAGGAAAGCCCAAGUGCAGCGUGCCAAAGAGAGAGGAAGAACGCCCCUAUGGAGAAUUUGAACGUCAGCAAACAGAAGGGAAUUUUAGGCAAAGGCUGCUUCAGUCUCUCGAGGAAUUUAAAGAGGACAUAGAUUAUAGGCAUUUUAAGGAUGAAGAAAUGACAAGGGCGGGAGAUGAGAUGGAAAGGUGUUUGGAAGAGAUAAGGGGUCUGGGAAAGAAAUUUAGGGUUCUGCAUUCUAACCAUAGGCAUUCUCGGGACCGUCCUUAUCCCAUUUAAUGCAUUUCUCUGCUGAAUUCAAUUAUUUUAUGUUACUAAUAUUACCACCAUUGGUUUCUUUUUGUCUGCAUGUUCUUGCUAAAUAUUGCUACCAUUUUACUCCUAUCCUUCAAUGUUCCUUUGAUUUGCAUAUGACUCCUGCUUCCAACAUCUCAUCUUUUGACCCAAUUUCACUCAUUUAAUAAGGAUGUUUCAUUCAUAUGCAUGGGAAGAUGCUCACUGUAUACUGUAAAGUGAAAAUAAUAAGUUGCCAAACAGUGUGUGUAUGUGUAUAUAUACACACAUAUAUAUGCACAUGCACACUUUAUAUGUACAUUUAUAUAUGACAUAACGCAAAAGAAAAAGUUAGAAUUAUUAUACACCGAAAGGUUAACAGUGAAUUUCUGCGUGAUA